AUUCUCAUCACCGACUGAGCCGACCGAGGAACCUUUUUGUUUUUUUUUUUUCACCGGGGAAGAGACGACGCCGAGAGAAAAUGGAAGCAGCGGCGGCAAAAGGAUUGAGUUGCGAAGCCAUGGAUUGCUUGUCGGAAAGGCUUUCGUUGCAGGAUGGUCUUUACUUUCCUCGUGCGCUUCAAUCCACUGCCACGAAUCCGUCUCAGCGCAAGGCCAUUCUGCUGGACCUCCUUUCUCGUGACGUCGCCGUCUUUCUAGAGCGAUAUGGGUCACAAUUGACAUCCAAUGAGCUCCAUGAGUUUGAUAAUCUUAAGGAUGAUUACGAGAUCAAUUGGCAUUUAAAGCACCUUUGGAGUAUAAAGAGUCCAACAUCAGAUGAACUACACUCUAGAUCAGUUGUUGUGAAAAAUAGGAGGAGGGCAUAUCUGAACAAACUGAUAUGUGAUGGCCAGUACUUCUCGGAGGAUGCAAUGAGGGAUAGACAGCCUUUUUUACAUCAUGAGUAUGUAGGGAAAUUUCAAGAUCUAAGUGGUAGAGGUAUGGCAAGACCAGGAGAGCGAUGGUCUGAGACUCUGAUGAGGAGAUCAGAGGAAGCAAUGUUGGUUGCUAAGAUCAGAGGAGAGCAACGCAGAUUAGGUGUCGCUGAAAGGGACUUGGUAGGUAAUGAUUUAAACCCAAAGGAAGAGGAAGAAGAAGAAGAAGAAGAGGAGGAGGAGGAGGAGGAGGAGGAGGAGGAAGAUGAAGAAGAGGAGGAGAAGGAGGAAGUGGGGGAGGAUGGGAAAGGUGACAAGGCUGCUAAUGGAGCUCAUUCCAUGGAGGUAUCCACUGCCAUGGAUAAUCAGCAAGAAAGGUCAGCAACAGACAAUAAUCAAGCUGCGGAGGGUGGGUCUAAUCAUGGAGCAACUUUAUCUGAAGCAGAUAUGCAAGAUCAGAUGGACCAAUUCACAUACAUCAUGCAUCAGAAGUUUUUGUUGGGAGAAGACAACGAGCAUUUAGAUUACUCAAAAAUAGACAAUGAUGAGACCUUGGAUGACCACUGGCUGAGGGAAGCCAAUGAUGAUGCCGAGGAGAAAUACUUCGAUGAAGAUUAGACGGGAUGAAAGAUCACGAAACUGGAAGAACUAUAAGAUGAAAGGCAAGGGGGGCGAACGGGAUGAUGGACAGGAUCAACCGACUCUGCUGAGCGAUGUGAAAUCCCUGUUAAGAAUGGAGAAUGAUCUUUGUGCUGACUUUAAUGGAAAGGGCAGGUUCCAGGAGCAUGGGAAUAAUUUGUGCCAGCCUCCAUGAGAUAUUCUUCCAGGUAUUUCUUCGGCAUUAACUUUGCAGUUGCAUU